CUGGAAUGUGCCGUUGGAUGCCCGACCCACGAAAUAAUGAAGCCCAUUGGCGAAUUGAGCAUUCAAAAACUAAACAAGGUUCAAUGAACGGAAUUCUUUGUAUGUCUUUAUCUACACUUCAAAGGGAUGCUGAAAAACUUGAAAAUUUGGUUCCAUUUGAAAUUGAUACUAGUUCUUCAGAUUUUUUUACUGCUCGACUUUGGAGUGAUAAAUUUCAUCGUCAGAAAUCACAUGUAGAUUAUCGGUGCUUGACUUUAUCUUAUAUAAUUGAGGGUAAGAACAGGAAGACAACAAAACCAACCACGAUAAAUUACAGUCAACAUAUUCCUCAGCUCACUCUUCUUCGACAUUCUUCAGGAUCAUGCACUAAAAAAUUUGUAAAUGGACGAAAAGAAUCAUUAUUGUGUGAAAAUGAAAAAUUAUGGUCGUCCGAUUAUUUAUUUCAUGCACAAAAUAAUUUAUUGUCUUCUUCAUCAUCAUGGAAAACAAUUACUCUCUCAUUGAUUGAUUCCAAUGAACCAAUUCUAACUGAUUAUAAGCUGAUAUUAGAAGGUACCAUUCCUGCUGGUUAUCCAGAUGCUAGAAUCUGUGUUGAUAAUAUUACCUCUUAUACUGAACCAUGUAGUGCUUUGGAGAAAGCAUCUGCACCAUUGCCAAGUCAAUGGAGUUGGGCACAAUACUUUGGCUUUACAUUUGUUGGUGCUUUAAUCUUAGGUUUAUUAAUACCUGUGUUGUUUUUGGUUAUUCUGAUUUGGGCUUGUCGUCGGCGUCAUCAUGCAACGCAUUCAAACUAUACAAAUAAUAAAUUAUUUUCAACAAAUUUAUGGUAUUACAUCGGGGGCAAAGAAAUGUGUAAUGAUCCAAAUGGUUUUCGUGGUAGUUCAAGUUUAUUACGUUCAAAACAGUUCAACUCACCUUCGGCAACUGGUACUUUAUUAAAUAGUGGUGGUGGGCAUCAUAUGAUGUUAAGUAAUGCUGACGUAAUGGAUUUGCCUGAUGUAGUUGUACCCGGUGGACGUGUAAUAGCUUUCAAUUAUUCUGGAAAUACUUUAGGCGGCAAUACCCUCCGUCAUAAUCAAAAUAAUACUGGAUAUACUAACACAAAUUAUUUACCAAAUGUACAAAAUGGUCAGAUUAUGCCAACAAAUGCCAAUGCGACAAUUUCAUCAAAUAGUUGUGGAACAAAUGUCACUACUGUUGCACGUACUUGUCCAAAUCCAAUGCCGUUAGUAUCAAAUGAACAGUUACAAGGUCAACAACAAGGUGAAGCUUACAAUUACCAAACUAAUCCAGUUUUCGGGGAAUCUGCUUCUAUGGCAAUGAUGACAGUUAGUCAAUCUCCUAUGCUGAUGACACAAUCGAUGGCACCAAAUUACGGCUCUGAAUCAAAUAAUAUUGCUCAGUCGAAUUUGUUUAACAAUAAUGCUCAACAAAUAAACCAGUUAAAUCCUAAUAGUCAAGUAUACAAUAAACCAGUAAUACCAACAUCAACUCAGCAACAACAACAACAACCACAACAACCACGUGCACAAUCUCAAUAUUUCCCUCCGACUCAGCAACUUCAAGCUAAUUUGAUUCAACCACAACCGCAAACAACUCAACCAUUUCAACAACAAUCAUCGAACUUUCCGAAUCAAAAUCAACUUCAACAGCAACAACAACAACAACAACCACAACAACAGUUAGCAACUACUCAAGCACCUGUUUCUAAUCAGUUCUAUCCACAACAGCAACAACCACAACCACAACAACAACAACAGCAGUUUCCAUUGCCACCACCACCUUCGACAUGUCCAUUACAACAGAUGAAUACUCAACAGACUCCAAAUUUACCAUCUCUAACACAACAACAAACUCAACCUGUUUUAUUGGUUCAACAAUCGGUUAGCCAUCAGUAUCCAUUUCAAUCACAACCACAAUCUCAACCACAGCAACAACAACAACAACAACAACCACAACCAAUGUUGACUGAUCAACGUGGACAACAAAUAGUGAAUGGACUAAUACCAACAUCCGUUGCUGCUAUUGCUAUUGCUACUACAGUCCCACUUGUUACAUCACAACCAACUUAUCAAACACCAAUUCAACAACCAUGCAGUAUUAUCACUGUAAACACUGGCAAUCAUCAUAAUCUGACUAAUGGACAUGCAUUGACAACAAUACCAACAAAUCGUUGUUUAUCCAUGUCACCGAAUUCCAUUGGUACUACUGAUUCAUUGACUGAAGCGGAUCAACAAGUAGCUAUGGCUUUGUUAGCUGCUGCUACUGAAGGUAUGGAUUCAUUUCGAGAGAAUCAAACAACAACAACAACAACACCGAUUAGUUUACAAUCUCCAGUACCAAUAAUUAUUAAUAAUAUGAAUGGAUUAGAUGCAUGUCUCAAUAAUCAUAGUAAUAAUAAUAAUAAUAAUAGUAACACUAAUAAUAGUAAUAAUAAUAAUAAUAACAAUAGCAAUAGCAAUAAUAAUAAUGCACAAGUACCAGUUGAUGAAGAUAAUCCACCACCAGGCUAUGAUGAAGCUAUUGGUUUGAUACAAACUAAUUUUAUCAACAAUGUGAACAUGGCAAUGAUGAUGAAUACAAUGAUUAAACCAGCUGUACCUAUACCAAGCACUACUUGUACACCACCGCCAGCAUUACCACCACGUCGAAUUAUCAAUGGAGUCGGUUUAGAAGAGGAUAUUGACGAUCCACAAUCAAUGACAGCUUGUUUAUCAUUAGCUGAACGUUAUGGUCUACCAGUAGCGGAAAUUUAA